AUGUCGUCGAGACGAGGACUUCAAGUUGCCGGGCUAGCCAUCGCCGGCGGAGCUGGCUACUACCUGUACAAGGCGGGAGGUAGCCCUAAGACGGCUGAGAAGCAAUUCGAAGCCGAUGCCGCCAAGCUCUCUGCCGAGAUCAGAAAGGAACUUCCAGGACGGCAAAAGGAGGCCGAGAAGACGGCUGAAGCUUGGGCCUCGCAAGCCGGGCAAAAAGUUGACAAAGCGUCUGCCGAUGCCAAGUCCAAGGCUCAGCAGGCCGAAGCAGAAGCUAAAGCUAAACUCGCCGAGGCGGAAGCCCGAGCCAAAGAGCUGGGCCAGGAGACGAAGAAAGAGUUCAACAGCGCCGUGGACAAGUUUGACAGGACAGUGGAAGAAAAAGCAGCAAAGGCAAAGAGUGGAAUUAGCAGCUGGUUUGGCGGCAAGUAA